UUGAGUGCAGGAAUUUGAUAAGGCAUAGGCUGUAUCAUAAGCUGCUAUCUACAUUGCUGGAGAGACCUGUUUACUGAUAGGUGGUGGAAAAGUCAUACAUGGCGACCUAUGCAACUCAUACACGAACGUGUGUGAUUAUAAAUGACUGGGAUAUUUUUACCGCUGCCCUUCUGAAUACUCAUCAUUAUCUGUCGACUGUCAUCAAAUACACCCUUCAUUCUACAAGUUCUUCAGUUCUUCCCACUCCCACCAACCUGGGAUAUAUGCAAAAUUGAAUCUCUUUGAACAGGGACUGUGUAAGAGAAGAUGCGUCGGAUUAAUGACAAGUUGAAGGCUUUCAUCAACAACAGAUGGCUGGUGUUUGUGUGUGCAAUGUGGGUUCAGUCGUGUGCAGGAAUUGGGUACUUGUUUGGGAGCAUAUCGCCGGUGAUAAAGAGCGCCAUGGGAUACAACCAGAGGCAGGUGGCCAUACUUGGUGUGGCAAAGGACUUGGGUGAUGCUAUUGGGUUUAUAGCGGGGAGCUUGUGCGAGGUCUUUCCCAUCUGGGUGAUUUUGCUCAUCGGGGUAGUGCAGAACUUUGUUGGUUAUGGUUUGGUUUGGCUUGUAGUCGCCGGUAUAUUGCCUUCUUUGCCGUUGUGGGUGUUGUGCAUUUGUAUAUUUGUCGGAACAAAUGGUGAGACCUACUUCAACACAGCUGCUCUAGUUUCAUGUGUGCAAAACUUCCCGAAAAGCCGGGGUCCCGUUGUGGGGAUAUUGAAGGGAUUUGCUGGACUGAGUGGUGCAAUUUUGACUCAGAUUUAUCUUAUGAUCAAUUUCCCCAAUCAAGCAUCACUCAUUUUCAUGGUUGCGGUUUGUCCAUCGGUGGUUAUAUUGGCUCUGAUGUUCAUUCUUAGACCUGUGGGAGGUCACAAACAACUCAGACCAUCUGAUAGUUCAAGCUUCUUAUUUACCUAUGGCGUUUGCCUCGCUCUGGCUGCUUAUUUGUUGGGAGUGUUGGUGCUUGAGGAUCUGGUUGACUUGAGUCAAACUUUGAUAACAUUAUUUGCGAUUCUUUUAAUUAUUCUAGUACUGCUUCCUGUCAUAAUUCCCGUUCUACUGGUUUUCUUCUCGGAAUCAACAACUCCAGCGAAGGAGAGCCUUCUCUCUGAGCCAGAGAAACAAGAAGCAGGUAACUCUAAUCUGGAUGGAAAUGAGGUCAUUCUCAGUGAGGUUGAAGAUGAGAAGUCUCCAGAGGUAGACUCACUUCCAGCAUCGGAAAGGCAAAAACGAAUUGCUCACUUGCAAGCUAAACUGUUCCAAGCAGCUGCAGAAGGAGCAGUGAGAGUCAAGAGGAGAAAAGGCCCACGUAGAGGAGAGGAUUUCACCUUAAUGCAGGCAUUAAAAAAAGCAGAUUUUUGGCUUAUCUUCUUAUCCCUUGUUUUGGCUUCUGGAUCUGGUUUGACAGUUAUUGAUAACAUGGGUCAGAUUUGUAAAUCACUGGGGUAUAAUGAUACAAGUAUAUAUGUAUCUCUGAUCAGCAUUUUUAACUUUCUUGGCCGUGUUGGUGGCGGCUACGUCUCUGAGAUUGUCAUAAGAAAAUUUUCAUACCCAAGACCAGUGGUGAUGGCUGUGGUUCAAGUUAUCAUGGCCAUUGGACUUUUCUACUAUACUAUGGGAUGGCCUGGGGAAAUUUAUGUUGUCACCCUGUUGAUAGGGCUCGGGUAUGGCGCCCACUGGGCGAUUGUGCCAGCUGCAGCUUCUGAGCUAUUUGGCCUGAAGAGUUUUGGGGCCUUAUACAACUUUCUUACACUCGCCAGUCCAGCAGGUUCUCUAAUAUUCUCUGGUGUCAUUGCUAGUGGUAUUUAUGACUAUUAUGCAGAGAAGCAAGCUUCCCUCUCAGGGCAAAAAUUCGGAGCCAUGCUUGCCAUACCUCUUACGGAUGAUGACUCGCUUACUUGUACGGGUUCUAUAUGCUACUCCAUUACAUUUGGUAUCUUGUCUGGACUUUGCAUUGUUGCAACAGCUUUGAGUUUGAUUGUUGUUCAUCGUACUAAGAGGGUUUAUGCUCAACUCUAUGGAAAUUCCCGUACUUGAGUUUGCAAGAAGAGGUAACUGAAGAUUGUCUACCAUUAGCAUAAGGGCACCAUGAAUUCCCCAUUCUUAGCAUAUGGCUGAAAAUCAUGUUAAGGGGAAAUAGCAAUAUAGCAAACAAUUUUAGCAGUGCAUAAUAACACAUAAGCUGGGGAUCAGCAACAAAGCAUGCUCAUACUCCUAAAUUGUGUCAGUUUAUUAUGGAAACGAUGAAGGUUAUUUUUCGAGUCGUAGGCUGAAUUAUUUGCUUGUUAUGGGCAUGUAGUUCUCAACAAUUGUUCUUGUACCAGUAAAGCAGUAACAUGAUAUUUUAUUAAUCAUCUACGGAAUGGUUUCUGGCUUU